AUUGAAAGAAUGAAAUGUCAAACCGGCAAAAUAAAUGUUAGUCUUGCCACUUGAUUUUUCUGACUAUUAACAUGCAGAGUGUAAAUUCAUAAGUAUGUCAUCUGUGUUCUCGUGCUAAGUAGAAAUUUAACGUUUAAAAUUUUUCAUUACGAAAAUGAAAGGCAAGUUAUAGCAUAAACUUUAAUCCUCAAAACAACUCAAAGAAAUUUGCAAGCUCGUUUCGUUUAUUCGUUUAUAACGAAAAGGUAUUGGUAAAAGGAAUCGACAAUUGUUUCGGGAAAGUAUUUGAAUGCCUAAUGUUUUAAUUUUGGUUGUAUAAAUUGCAAUGAUUAUUAUAUUCCCGAAAAUACAUAUGUCAAGAGCUCAGCAUGUGCGUCCAUAGCUCGAACACGCCUGCCCGACGUUAUUUCCCAAAUGAUUUUGAUAAAAAGGCUCACACAAAAAUAUUGCCAAUCACAAUGGAAAUAAGUUGGACACUUGACUGGCGAUAGUUUUUGUUAUAUGGAAAUGCAGUGUUAUGAAUUUAAAAACCAGCAUGAAAACGUUAAAGUAAAAUGAGAACAGUACUCGAAGAAAUAUCGAAAUGUCAAAUAGAAAUGUAAUUCUGUAAAAACAAACAACAAAUUCGCAGUCGAGUGAAAAUAAGUAAAUUGUAGGAAAUUAAAGAGGCAUUUACAAUAUAAAAUAAAUAUAUCUUGAUUGAAAGCACACUUAUUUAAAACAAAAUGGAAAUUGUAAAUCCCUGUUUUUCAGUGUUAUCCAAUUACGAAGUGAUGGAGUCCUUGAAAACACUUAAGGAUACUAAGAAAAAAUAUGGGCUACGAAACCUGGCAACAAUCACAUAUGAAACUUUGCAAUAUUUAGAGGAUUCGCCAUGUAGACAAGAAUCUCGUGAAAGCAUUCAUUCAUUUUUAACAGAAGUAAAAAACUUAAGCUGCAAAUUAACAACGACAGAAUGCUUAAUGAUGGUCAACGAUCCCCCUACGAGUGCUCUACAUAUUCAAUUGCUUAUUGAGGACAGCGAAGAACGUUUGUCCGAAGAGCAAGUGAAUGAAAUUCUGCAAAUUGUUGCUAAACAUUUUCCUAACAAUCCGACCGAAAAUAAUUAUUAGAAAUGCAUAAAAACGCAGACAAAACAUUAUAACUUAACGUUUCUGGUCGCCUAAAUCAUCAAUAUAAUCUUCAUCAAUCUCGGGCCACUUCUCAGGUAUUACAUCGAAAAGAUCGUCUUUUACAUCGCCUUGAAUAACAAUUUCAUCGUCACCUGUAACAGAUGAGCCGCAUGCGAAUUUU